CUCACAUCAGCUCAUCUGUCAUUUUCAACCAUCUUUGUGGACUGAAACCAAGAUGUUUCUCAGAUUUUGGUUCUGUUUGUGGUGUCUGGUUGGUGAUGCAGAUGCAGUGAAGUCAGUGAUGGAGGGAGAUUCAGUCACGCUACACACUCCUCAUAGUGAAAUGAUGGAUAAUGAUCUGAUUCAGUGGAGAUUUGGGAAUAAAAACACCUUAUUAGUUGAAAUCAACGUAAUAGCCGGCAGGGUCACUGUAAAUUAUAAUUAUGCUGGGAGAUCCAGGGGCAGACUGAAGGUGAAUCGUCGAACUAGAUGUCUAACCAUCAAACACAUCAGAACUGAAGAUGCUGGGCAUUAUAGAGUACAGACCAACCGUAUAAUAAAAGUCUACAUUGUCAAUGUCCAGGCUCGUCUACCUGUUCCUGUCAUCUGUAACUCUUCACUAUCAUCAGGUUCUCAUCCCAUUCCCAUCAGCAACCAGACUCAACCUCUCAACAUCAAUGAACUCUGUCAAACAUGUUCAGGUGAUGCAGAUGCAGUGAAGUCAGUGAUGGAGGGAGAUUCAGUCACUCUACACACCCCUCAUAGUGAAAUGAUGGAUAAUGAUCUGAUUCAGUGGAGAUUUGGGAAUAAAAACACCUUAUUAGUUGGAAUCAACGUAAUAGCUGGCAGAGUCACUGUAAAUUAUAAUUAUGCUGGGAGAUCCAGGGGCAGACUGAAGGUGAAUCGUCGAACUAGAUGUCUAACCAUCAAAAACAUCAGAACUGAAGAUGCUGGGCGUUAUAGGGUACAGACCAACCGUAUGAUAAAAGUCUACAUUGUCAAUGUCCAGGCUCGUCUACCUGUUCCUGUCAUCUGUAACUCUUCACUAUCAUCAGGUUCUCAUCCCAUUCCCAUCAGCAACCAGACUCAACCUCUCAACAUCAAUGAACUCUGUCAAACAUGUUCAGGAGGUAAAUUGCUCAAGUCAGUGUCAGUGAUGGAGGGAGAUUCAGUCACUCUAAACUCUGAUCUUACUGAGAUGAUAGAUAAUGAACUCAUUAAGUGGAGGUUUGGUACUGAAAGCACUUUAAUAGCUGAAAUCAAUGUAAUGACUGACAACAUCACUACAUAUAAUGAUGAUAAUGAUGAUGGGAGAUUCAGAGACAGACUGAAGCUGGACAAUCAAACUGGAUCUCUGACCAUCACAAACACCACAACUGAACAUGCUGGAGUUUAUCUACUAGAGAUCAAUCAUAUCAGGAUGAUUUUCCUUCUCAACAUCUUUGGUGGAGUGAAGUCAGUGUCAGUGCUGGAAGGAGAUUUAGUCACUUUAAACUUUGAUCUUACUGAAAUAAUGGAUGAUGAUUUGAUUCUUUGGAGGUUUGGAAAUGAAAACACUUUAAUAGCUGAAUUCAAUGCAGAGGCUGACAGCAUGACUGUAUAUGAUGAUGUUCUUGAUGGGAGAUUCAGAGACAGACUGAAGCUGGACAAUCAAACUGGAUCUCUGACCAUCACAAACACAACAACUGAACAUGUUGGAGUUUAUCAGCGACAGACCAACCGUAUGAUAAAGAGUUUUAUUCUCACUGUCUACGGUGAGUUAAACAUUGGUGCUUCAACAUUAUGGGGAUCUCAUCCCAAUUACAUCAGCAACAAGAAUCAACAUCACAACAUCACUGAACUCUGUCGCACAUGUUCAGACUCUGUCCACUAUUAUGAUUCUGUUGAAGCUGUGGUCCGAUUGGUCGUCACUGCUCUAAUGGGCAUGGCUGCUGCGGCUGCUGUCAUUGUUUUGAUUUAUGACAUCAAAUCCAGAAGAGCUGACUUUCUACAUUCCUCUUCCUCAAAGCGUGAUAUCGGAAGUUCUAUCAGUGGUGAAUGGAGUCAGUUUGAAAUGAGAACAAGAGACUGAAGGCUGUUAGUACAUGUGUAUGUAAACUCAUUUUUACUUAAAAAUGUUAUCUGCAAUGUUUAUCGUCUUUUCGAGCAGGGUAAGCGAUGUUUCGUAAUCGUUCAGGUGGCUGUGUAAGCUGCGCACAUGCUGACACAGUUAACUGAUCCAACAC